CGAAUACUUUCGCAAGGCACUGUAUGUAAACUGACCUAAGUGCCACUGGCUAAACAGAAUGGAAUAACUGAAUUCUUCCUAAAGGGAAGUUCAAUUCAUAGCCUAACGUAAAACACAGGCUAUCAAAUAGUUGCCACAAUCAAGGGAUUUGAAAGUUGGCCAAUAUAGGCUAAAGCGGAUUUCCAAUAGUCACAUGCUUGUAAAUAAACAUGUGGACUAUAAUAGGCAUUGUUAACACCGCAGGAGGGCUUAGGCCUAGAUCAAAGCCAUAGUCAAAUCCAGAAGAGACGUGGCUUUUUACUUGUCACCAAAGGGAAUUUAGACACAAAACAAGGGCACAAAGAGUAGCGGUGUUGUGCUCUCUCCAAAGGCCUCGUUAUCAUUCAGGGGCUGCGCUCUGUUGGGAAGCCAAGCUACGGUGCUGUGGAGGAGGGAGGGCAGUAACCAUUUGAAAUCUCCGUUAUAGCUGCCCCUCUGUCUGCGAGGUCUCUCUCACAGGCUUUCACCAGGGCGCCCGAGGCUAUCUAUCCUCUGAAAGCACUGUUGUUAUGGGUUAACUGACUCAGGCUUUUGCGCUGUGUGAGCGUGUGUCCCUGCAUGUGUCUGUGUCUCACGGUGUGUGUGCCUGUGCGUGUGUUCCAUCUGACCACGAUUCUACGAACAGAAGCUAGACAGCAGUCACCAUGGAGGCGAUAUGGUUGUACCAGUUCAGACUCAUCGUCAUUGGGGACUCGACGGUGGGGAAAUCGUGCCUGAUCCGGCGGUUCACGGAGGGAAGGUUUGCCCAGGUGAGUGACCCGACGGUCGGCGUGGAUUUCUUCUCUCGCCUGGUGGAGAUUGAGCCGGGGAAACGCAUCAAGCUACAGAUCUGGGAUACCGCGGGACAGGAGCGCUUCAGGUCCAUCACCAGAGCCUACUAUCGUAACUCGGUGGGCGGGCUCCUCCUGUUUGACAUCACAAACCGCCGUUCCUUCCAGAAUGUUCAUGAUUGGCUAGAGGAGGCCCGGAGCCACGUACAACCACACAGCAUUGUGUUCCUAUUGGUCGGCCACAAGUGUGACCUGGAACCUCAGCGCCAGGUAACUCGUCAGGAGGCUGAGAAACUCGCCGGCGCCUACGGGAUGCGUUACGUAGAAACUUCGGCCCGCGACGCCAUAAACGUGGAGCACGCCUUCACGGAGCUGACCAGGGACAUCUUUCAGCUGGUGAGGAGCGGUGACAUCACUAUCCAGGAGGGCUGGGAGGGGGUGAAGAGCGGCUUCGUUCCCAACGUGGUCCACUCCUCCGAGGAGGUCACCAAGAGCGACCGACGCUGCCUCUGCUGAUCUAGAGGGAUCUACUAGAUCCAACUAGAUCCCUGACUCGAGUCUGGUUUCCCUUAGGUCCUCCUGAACUUGCACCCAGAUCAAUUUCAGCUAUCUAGUCUAGCCAUUUGCCUCUACUGAUCUGCAUCUGGAUGGAGGGAUCCUACUCACAACUAGAUCCCUGCCUGGUUUUCAUUUGAUCCUCCUUGGUCCUCAAAAGGUGUCCACUUUUCAGAGUGAUCUGCUAUCUGGAUGAAUGAUGGAUCCCUUCCCUACAAAUACCUGGUUAAUACCUGGUUUCCCUUUAGGUCAGGGAUGGGGAUCUUGGAUGGGGGUGGGGGACACAAAAAAUCUGAACUCAUCAUGAGGGGCCGCAGUGGCUCACGGGUCUGUGUACCCACAUCCAUACCCACACCUGUCUCUGAUUUGUACAAUCAAUCUAUUUGUGCAGUUAAACUACUUAACACUUAACUAAAUGCAUUAUACCAGUAGCUAGGGUCCAUCCCUAGCCUUUUGGUGGCAUUAAGCGAGAUUUGGUUGGCAUCCCCCUACCUCACAGGUAAAACAUUUUACUGGCCCCCGUCUUGACGGUGGAGAGAAAAAAGUACAUUUCCUGCAAUUCUACACAUUUUGCCAUGGUGCGGAGGGAAAAGGUGUGCCAUUUUAUAACAAAUUUCAAGCAAUUCUACUCAUUUUGCCAUGAGGCAGAGAGAAGAAUUUGCAGUUUUACAGCUAUUUUCCUGCAAUUCUAUCCAUUUUGCCAUGGAGUGGAGCUACAUUUUUGCAGUUUUAAAACUAAUUUCCUGCAAAUCUACACAUUUUUGCCAUGACUUAUGCCAUGUUAAUAUGAUAUAUGAGUGGGAGUGACUAACAAAAUCAAUUGGUCCCCCCUGGAGGUCAAGGCCCCUGGGCAUGUCUGGUCAGUAUUCGGCCAUGAUUACUACAAGUAAAACAUUUGAUAAAAUAAUUGUUAGCUGACAUAGCGAAUUUAGUGAGUGACUUAAGAGAAAACCUGCUGAUGCACAACCACAUUUUAAAACUGCACCUUGUGAAUUCUACUAUUCUAACUCCCAACAGUAAGUUGAGACCCUGACUGAGUUGCUAAACAUGGCCCAUCCCUGCUUUAGGUAAUUUUCUUGAACUGCACCCAGAUCUAUUUCAGCUCUCUAGUCACCUGCUACCCCGAUCUCUUCCACUAUGCAAUCCGAUAACACAAUUGAUACGACCAGAAGGCAUCACACGUCCCCUUAGGUUUGUUGGGUCAAUAUGGCCUUCUAUCUGAUUCAGUUGUUCAAAGGAGACUGAGGAGGAGGUUCUCAGAGUCUCUUACUUUCCCCUUUUGGGAAAUUAAGUCUGGUCCCAAACACAAACUCUGUGGUUCUAUACCUACUUCUCCCAUCAUCGAACUAACACUCCAAUCCUCACCCUUCUCCAUUAACCAACGCCAUAUUGGACCUUAUGGACACUUUGGAAAUGGACUGAAUGUAAGGGGACGACUGUUUGACUCUCUAUCUGACUGUACAAGUGGACAAAGGGACUCCAGGGUCGUAUUCACUAGACAUCAAGCGGAAGAAAAUGCACUGAAAUGGAGAGGGAGAAUAAGAUUUUUUUUUUAUUGUUUCAAAACGUUUUGCUAUGGUGUGCACUAAUGAAUACGACCCAGUAAAGGCGGACGAUGAGAUAUUGGGCACACCGGAGGCCGACACUACCUGUACAUUUACCUGAACAUUUAACUGUCCCCUUUGAGACUAGCCUAUGAGUGAUUCCAGAAUCUAGCUGAGGAAACCAUGGUAACAGUGGACAGACAGGAAGCUGGGAGAAACGCACCCUAAAAACUCUACAUUACCUAUAAUUCCACAUCUGCAGGCGUUUAAAUUACACAUAUUAAUGACACAGUACAACAAGUAUGGCAACAGACAUGUGCAUUCAAUAUCAAUCAGUCUAGAAAUAAGGAUAUUCAUCCAUAAAUAAUCACAUUAUCGUUCGAUAACGUUAUCAUGAAUGAGCAUGCUGUUGUGUUGAAAAUCAUAUUUUAGUUGGGCGCACUGGAUGUAACAACGUUUCUGGUUUGGUAACUGAGAAAUUAAAUGCUUUGGCACAAUAGGUGGUGGAGGGACAAAACUUGCUGUUUUGAAACAAAAGAUGUCCUACGUAUUUUCCGUUCAAGAUGUUUUGUAGCCACUGUGUUCAAGGUCAAUCUCUUUGUCAUCAGCGCUACAAGCUACUUCCUGCUAUCAGAUAAUCAGAAUCCAAAACUUUGAUUCUUUCUUCUCUACGCUGAGUAAUAAUAACUGCAAGGAUGAACUGCUAUCAUCCACUUUAUCCAAAGAGAGUUUUGGUAGCACCAUUUAAUGUGACUGUAACAUUGUAGGGAAAGGGGGAGUUGACAGUGUGCAAAGGCACUUUCAUCUAAAAAUGUAUCGCUGACAAGGAGGACAGGAUGGGAAAUGUUCUCAAUCAUUUAUUACAAUAAAGGGGACAUCUUGCAGGGCCUUGACAAGUGAUAUCCCAUUAAGUGUGACUUUUCAUUACUUUUUCGGCGUAGAUCAAGAAUGGGCAUCUUUGGAUUCCGUUGCAUCUUCCACUUGCUUGGACAUUCUUGUUCUAGAAUGGAAUCUUGGACAUCAUGAUAACUGACAUGCUGAUAACUGAUCUCCUUCUCUAACUAUGGUCCAGCCAUAACCGGUGCUCAUAAUUGAACGACAGUGGCUUCACCAAUCUCUACACACUUUAAAUCUCCAAUGCUCCAUUAUACCAAAUCAGAGGGUUUCAGGAGUUUGGAUCAGUUGGUACUCAUCAUCAAGUAAGAUACUCUCUAGGUAGAAGUUUCCCCCCAACCACAGAUCUAGGAUCAGAUAACCCAGAGCACUAACCUUUACCAGUAGGCUAAUGACAAAUAUCCGGUCCUGUGUCAGUGGUUAGAGGAAACGUCUAUCUAGUCUGUAACAAACAACCAGACCUUCAUGUAGGCGUACAGCAUGUACAGCUCCUAGGCCAUGUCAGAACAUAGGAGUUUGCAGCAAGUGCUUAGCCUGGUAAAAACAGACUGAAUGAAGUGAAACAGUGAUACCAAGCUAGCAGUUGCUCAUCAUAUUAAUAACACACAAAAAUACGUUAAUCAAUGUACAGCACUACCAGGGUCGUGUUCACUAGACACCAAAAUGAAGAAUACAGACUGAAAACAGAGAGACUACCUGACUACCUAAUUUCCGCUGGAAAAUGUUUUGCUAUGUUGUGCUCUACUGAAUACGACCCAGGAUGACUCUUCUUCAUUCUACAUCAUCUUUGACAAAGUCUCUAUCUCCAAGCUGUACAAUGCCAUGUAACUACAGUUCCUUCAAUUCAACAAUGGCUAUGGGAUUUUCUGUGCCACUACUCAUCAAAACAACUUGAAAUGUACAAAAAAAAUAAAAUGUGACUGGUAAAACAA